AUGCAACAAGGGCGACCCUCGCUAGAUCACGGCGGACGUCCGUCUGAUGUCGCUAAGCCGAAUGAGUUGAAUGCUGGCCAAAAGUUCAGGCGUGCCUCUGACGCCUUGAGGAUGCAAGGUCAAGCACAACCCGCAGAAGACGGCCGCAGCUAUACCGGUUAUCCAAGACAGGUUGAAGACCAGGUACGAACCGAAAGAUCAAAUUCAAAGAGCUACCGCCAUCGGGCGCGUGACGCCGGCUUUGCUGGAGCCGCCGCCGCCGCUGCUAUACCAACCCAUAGCGCUCACGAACACACUGACGUUGGUGGCCAUGAACGUGGUCGACGCUCUUCUAGUCACUAUGAUGAAGCUCGCUUGGGUAGCCGUGACAGGCAUCACGAGGCCAACCAGCAUACCGACUUUCGAGGCCAGCCUGCAAGCCAAGCCAAUUCGUCAUAUGUCCCUGUCGCCCAACAGUCUCUGCAUACUUCUCGUGUAGGAGCAGGUGGAGGUGUUAGAGCCGCUGUCCGACACCAGGACCCGGACCCCGUCCCACCCAAAUCCGUCAGAACUGGCCACAAGCAUGGACCCGCUUACAAUAUCCCUCCUCAAACCGCUGGGGGACAGGACGCGAGAGACCAUGUAGGUUUCUCUAAUGUUCAGUCCACAGCUCCUCCUCAGGAUGACCAACCCACGAAGCGUCAUAACCAUCACGAUGUCGGUAACUUGUUUCAUCGACAUCAGCAUAAGGAUGGCACCUAUCGAAAAAGACCCGAGCUUCAAGAAUGGCGUCAGGCGGGUGUAGCAAGAUUGUUCGCAGAAGACCACGAUGUUCAAGAUCCAGUACAAGCUACUGCUAGCAAGAAAAACCCUUGGUGGGAGGGUAGAGGGUCGCGAAAGGAUAACCCAAGUCAAAACAGCUCAGGUGCGUAUGAUGGCGCCUACGACGAAUCAGCAAAGACUUUCCGACCCCCGCUGUUCCUGAAAUGCGGCCCAUUAUUACGUUACACCGGUAUGCGUCGAGAGAAGACAUCGCAGUCAAACCGUACUGGUCAUACCGAGAAAGAGAUCUGGAGAGGCACUGUGAUGAUCGUGACUCAGGAUGAGCACUCCUCGUAUGAGGAGAUCCCAACACUUCGAUUGUUCGCGCAAUCGAUGGAGUUGUUGCCACCCUUAUCAGCAGAGCACCAACAGGACCCACCAUCCGAGUACCUGGAUCCGAUCGCUGGCCAAAUGAAAGUCUCUCGCACGGGACAACCACUUUUUGUGAGGCCUGUGGCUGCUCUUGAGGAUGGUGUCGACGUUUCUCGGGUUGAGGACGAGUCUGGUUUGUUCGAGCUAACACAAUCGAUCGACCAAGGCCAUCAGGAAACUCAAAGUUCUGGCAAUGUGCCCAACAGACCUCGGAUCCGAGCUCGCGACGGCGAGACAGCUGGCAAGUAUCGCGAAGUCAAGGCUGUUCGUUUGCACAGAGAGCGCGGAGUUACUUUCUGGCGAUUCAAUCUCGAAAUUGAGCUUGGCUUAAACCAAGCGCGAGUCUCGUACCGGAUCAAUCGGGGCCCAGCUAUCGGUUUCUGGGUUCCUGGGAGAGGUCAAAGCAUGAACAUCAUGUUUCAUUCUUGCAAUGGCUUCAGCUUGUCCGUAAAUUCAAAUGAGUUCACAGGGCCAGAUCCUCUUUGGCGAGAUGUUUUGAACAAACAUCUGUCGAGACCUUUCCAUGUCAUGCUCGGUGGCGGAGACCAGAUCUACAACGACGCUGCCAUGCGCGACACAGUAUACUUCAAAGAAUGGCUACAAACCAAGAACCCGGAACACAAGCACAGAGCCGACUUCACGGAAGAGAUGCAAGACGAGCUUGAGACGUUCUACCUUGACAGGUAUAGUAUGUGGUUCUCCCAAGGCCUAUUUGGUAUGGCCAACAGCCAGAUUCCGAUGGUGAACAUCUGGGACGAUCAUGAUAUCAUUGAUCACCAGAGUGUAGUGUCUGAGACCCAACGCGAUGAGGCUUCGUGGGUAUUGGGUGCAUCUCCAGGACCAUACAUCAACGAGCUCAGUCGAAGUGUGUUUAUGUUCCUCGGCCGAAGGAUUGCAUUCCUAGGCUUGGACUGCCGGACGGAAAGAAUGAGAGACGAGAUUCUGAGCCAGGAAAGCUAUGACACUGUGUUCAACCGAUGUCGAUCAGAAAUCAUCAAAGGAGAAACCAAGCAUCUCAUCGUCCUACUCGGUGUACCGAUCGCGUAUCCAAGGCUCAACUUCCUGGAAAACAUCUUGACAUCGAGGAUUAUGGAUCCUAUCAAAGCCAUUGGCCGGACCGGUCUCCUGGGCGGAUUCAUCAACAAAUUUGACGGCGGUGUUGAGAUUUUGGAUGACCUGGACGACCAUUGGACUGCCAAGCACCACAAACCAGAAAGGAACUGGUUCAUUCAAGAGCUGCAAGAGCUCGCAGCCAGCAAGUCUGUACGAAUCACCAUUCUUGGAGGCGACGUACAUUUAGGUGCAGUGGGACAGUUCUACACAAAGAAGAAGCUGGGUGUACCCAAAGACAGAGACCAUCGUUACAUGCUCAACGUCGUUUCCUCUGCCAUUGUCAACACACCUCCGCCAAAUAUUAUGGGCGAUGUGCUUAAUAAGCGUAACAAAGUCCAUCAUCUGGAUGCAGAGACUGACGAAGAUAUGAUUCCCAUGUUCGAGCAGGAUGUUAAUGUGCCUGCUUUGUGGUACGAAGGAGAUGCCGACAUAAACACGGCCAGAUUCAAAUCCAGGGGUGCUUCGAUGAUGGACCAUUUAAGAGGUAAAACGGUCCACAGAUCACGCAGCUUCGACGAGCACUCCUCCGUCAGCGGUGAUAGCCGCAGCAGCUCAGACAGCCUUGGUGGGCCGCCGACCAGAAGACUGGAUGACAGAGCUCUCAACUCGAGACUGCAGACCACCGAACGUCACCCAGCUGCGCAUGUUAAAAAUCGAGGUCAUCCUCAUGGUCAUGACGGACCUUCGGACAUGGGCGGAUUCAACAAGGAGAUCGGACCACCUCCUUCUCGUCACCGCCAUCCUGCGUUGGCGGGCACGGAGAACGACAAAGCUCGUGAAGCCUCAAACCAACCUCCAACUGAACCUCAUCCUUCAGAGCUGCCUACUCGUGAGAAACGCUCAUGGAACCCAUUCGCACGUCGGCAACAGAGUGGUCUCGAAACCAACGAUCAGAGGUUUGACGAUGAAUAUACAGAAUCCGAAGGAAGCUUCGUCGAGUCAGAAUUGGAAGAUGAACACUAUCAGCAGCAGCCGCGAGGCCGCAGACCAAGCAUUGCUGAUCGCAUUUUUGGCAGGAGCGGUGCACAAGGAAACGAAGAAAGACCAAACAUUGAAGAACAGUCACCUGAACAGCAAGAANGUCGCAAAAAGCCAGGAUGGAAGAUUUGGAAAUAA